CUCAAUAAUUUCUCUUUUACAGGCAUGGGUGCUGCUUAUGGGACUGCAAAGAGUGGAGUUGGAGUGGCCUCCAUGGGAGUUAUGAGGCCAGAGCUUGUCAUGAAAUCUAUAGUUCCUGUUGUUAUGGCUGGAGUGUUGGGUAUUUAUGGAUUGAUCAUUGCUGUUAUUAUUAGUACCGGAAUAAACCCGAAAGCGAAAUCGUACUAUUUGUUUGAUGGUUAUGCUCAUCUGUCUUCUGGACUUGCUUGUGGACUUGCUGGUCUCUCUGCUGGAAUGGCAAUUGGGAUUGUUGGUGAUGCUGGUGUUCGGGCCAAUGCACAACAACCUAAGCUCUUUGUUGGAAUGAUUCUCAUCCUCAUCUUCGCCGAAGCUCUCGCCCUCUACGGUCUCAUUGUUGGUAUCAUUCUUUCCUCUCGAGCAGGCCAAUCCCGUGCAGAUUAAAGUACGUAAAGUCGAUCCACCGUCUUUGAAUUUGUGAUUCAAAUGUUUUAAGGAGAUUUUGGUACUGUGUUACUUCUGUUGAUGUCAAACUGAACCUAUUGUAUUGUAUUGAGUUAUGGUAAUGAGCAGGUUUUAUGACAAACCUCCAUGCUCUUCUGGUUGUUUUGUGUGAUAUUCUUUCUAAAUUUAGUCGGUGUGGACAUUACCUUUGGAUGCA